UUCUCUCUCUCUCUCUCUGAGUUGCAGAAUUCAGAUCUGUUGCUAUUUCAGGUUCAGAGUCCUCCUUUGCAUUUGCUGGCCUCUUUCUGAGUUUGAAACUUUGAACUUGAACAACGCCAAUGUAAUAAUGGAGGCCCAAUUCCCACCUUCUAAGAUUGCUCGUGUUGCAGACACUACAGGUACGAUGGAAGAAGGGUCAUCUUUGAUUGGGCUUGGACUUGGGCUUGGGCCUGGGCUUAACAAUGGAAAGCCUGGAUUUACCUUUCUACAAUUGCAGGAGCUAGAACAACAAGCUCUCAUCUUUAAAUACAUGGUUACAGGAGUGUCUGUACCUUUCCAUCUCGUCUUUCCUAUCUGGAAGAGUGUUGUGAGCUCCUUUGGUGGUGUUAAUGGUGGGAUUUAUCAACAAUACCCUAACUUUUUAGGUUGCAGUAGUUUCUGCCUUGAUUACAGAAACAGCAUGGAACCAGAACCAGGGAGGUGUAGGAGAACAGAUGGAAAGAAAUGGAGGUGCUCCAAGGAUGUGGUUCCUGACCAGAAAUACUGUGAGCGGCAUAUGCACAGAGGCCGCAACCGUUCAAGAAAGCAUGUGGAAGCUUCUUCUCAUCUCACUACUACAACUACUGCUACAACCAAGAAGACCAACUACAGUACUGGGAACUCAAGUUCAAGCACUAAUCUCUCUAUUUCAGACCCAGUAAAUCUUCAACUCGUGACCAACAACAACAACAAUGGCAUCAUCACCUCCACCGCGACCAGCAACAGUAACUACAGUAAUGUUUCUUCAAGUUUGGGUUUCUCUCCAAAGAGUGUUCUUCAGAGUAAUAUCUGUAAGACAGAAUCUCCACCUUUGUGAUGUGGAGAGAGGAUGUUG